AUGGACAAGGAAACAUUUGGAAUAUUCAAUGUCGUUUUACGAUGUACACUUGAAAAUGAGGAAUUGUCACACAAAUUCCCUGCUAUAAAAGGAAUUGCAACUGACUGAUUCUUUACCAUUAUAACAUUAACGACACUGAGGGGAAAAAUCACUGAAUUUAAAAAUGAAACUUUUUGCGUAUUUCAUUUUUGUCUUUCUGUGUUCAGUUGCUUUGGCUGAUGAACCAGAAGAUAAGUUUUCAUACGAGUCCAAACUUUUGGAGAAGGUGAUCCGUAUGGAGAUAAAGAUGUCACAGCUGGAACAAGGACUUGAGCAGACGGGGGCUAGGUUCGAUAACCUCUUAAAGAACGUCACGAUGACCUUGGAGAACAAAACAGCCGAACUGGACGUCUUGAAAGAUCACAUGGGCUUGCCUCUUGUAGCCUUCUAUGCCUACGACCCAGUGGAUUACAGCCUGGACACUAACCAAAUUCUCAUACUUAGCAUCGUUACAAUGAACGAAGGGGAUGGAUACGAUAACGUUGUUGGCACCUUCAGAGCUCCAGUUGCGGGACUGUAUUACUUCGCUGCGCAUGUUUGCACCUACGGAGGGCGGGGGUUCUACUAUGAAAUCGUGAAGGAUCACGGAAUGAUUGCUAAGAGUUUAAAGUAUAACAACGUGCAACAUGAUUGUGGUUCGGUCAAUGUCAUCACCAAAAUGGAAAAGGACGAACGUGUAUGGAUCAAGAGCACCAGUAGCAACACCUCCGGCCAACUGUAUGCCAGUAAUGGCAAAACAUCGUUCCUUGGAGUUCUUAUGCACAAAUAAACAUGCAAUGCUAGCACGAAUGGUUGGCGAAUACACAUCUUAUGUACGAGACUGCAUGUGAAGCGUUUAAUAUUUACAGUGUAUACACAUUUCCAGUAUAGUCAGGCAGUUUUCAAUUUUUUGUUCGAAAGAGUCCUGUAGAGGGCGGUUUUACGACCUUUACGACAUGACUAUAUUGCGAAGCAAGACUUAUAGCAUUUUAAUUUCCAUGUCUCCCACAUUUUUUAAUCCUGUCUUAUGAUCAUUGCUCUUUGCUACUUAUUAUAUUCAUGAGGUUUUUAUGUAUUUCGUGCACUUAUUACAAGUUAUUUUUAACCUAUAUGUAAAGUAGUAUUCAAUUUCAAGUCCUACGUAAUCGCUUUAUACUAAAUAAUACUCAGAUGUAAUGAUUGUUUUAUUCACUUAUCACGCAGAGCUUUCUUUUACAUUUGAAUACUUAAGUACCGAUUUAAAAGUGUUCAAAGGGCCAUUAUUGUGUUAUGUUUGAAUGUAGCGUUGAGAAAUACUUCAAUCUUCACAGUCUUCAUCCAGAAACCAGUCCCAAUAAAAUUUAAUGAAUCAGGUUACUCAAAACUAAGUCCGUCCUAUGAAAUACUUGCACAUGGAAAUCUUCAAAGAUCAUUAUCGAAGUGUGAUUGUAAAGAUUGUAAAUAAACAAAAUUUUAGCGACUGCGUCGUAGCCCUGAAAACAGCACAUUGCAUUACAGUCGAACCCCGUUGGCUCGAACUCCAAGGGACCGACAAAAAUAUCUCGAAACUCGGAAAAUUCGAGCCAAGCGGGAAUGCUUAGCUUCAGUUUAAAGAAAUCGAUCAUUUACAUCCAUUUCGAGUCUACAAGUAAUUCGAGCCAAGAGAGUUCGAGUCAACGGUGAUCAACUGUAUAUAUCGUUAAGCGUGUAUAUAUAUAUAAUGGCAACUUUCCAGUUAUGGACCAAGUGAAGUGAUUCAUGGCUUAUACAGCUGUUCCCUAGACGGAUACAACUUAAUACUUGGGAAUCAUACAUUAACAUGGGUAUCAUAAAUUAACUUGGGAACAACAUAUUAACUUGGGAACAACGUAUUAACUUGGAAACAACAUAUUAACUUGGGAACAACGUAUUGGCGACUUGGCUACCACACUUUAACUUGGGUACCACACAUUGACGUUGGUAGUACACAAUUACCUGGUGCAAUGGCAAAACGUCGUUCCUUGGCAUUCUUAUGCACAAAUAACUAUUGUGGCGUGCAAAGACACAUGCUUGUUAUGAACAUCGAAACGUUUAACGUUAACAGUGAAUAUUUUUUUCGAUGAGAAAAAGUCAAAAGUGGGCGAUAUGAUUUUAUUGCAAGAAUUUGAGGUAUCUUUUUUAUUAUUGUAGCAUUAUAAAUUUCAUGUACACUGGAUGAACGUGAUGCAAGUCCAUGUCUCAAAUAUCGUUUAAUCCUAUCCUUUGUGCGUUGCUCUUUGCUAAGUGUUAUAUAUUUCAUACACUAACUAAGCUAUGUUGUAACAUAAAUUAUAUGCGUUGUAGUAUUUAAUUUAGAAA